AACCCAGUGGAAUCGAACCAGCACUGAUGAGUUGAUUCAUAUGAGAAGUUACGAUCAAUCAGGAUAGUGAGAUAGCAAGGUAGUGCAGAUGAGUAGGAAAUGAAGCCACACACCAGUGAAGUGAGUGAUCAAGCCGAAGGACCCAGAAUCGAAGCGACGGACUUUCAUGACAGAACUCAACCAAAGUCAGGACCCUACACCAGCAACCUCUACUACCGACCGACCAACCCAAAUAAAUUGGCCAUCACAAACACCUCCCCAGACACAUUGCGAGGUGUCGUAUUGACCAGGGACAUCUUUUGUCAAAUCUAUCGCUCAGCAAGGCCUGUACUGCCAAGUGACUACCCCCACCACUCUGCACAUAGUAUUCUAGGUGUCGUAUUGACCAGGGACGUCUUUUGUCAAAUCUAUCGCUCAGCAAGGCCUGUACUGCCAAGUGACUACCCCCACCACUCUGCACAUAGUAUUCUAGGUGUCGUAUUGAACAGGGGCGUCAUUUGUCAAAUCUAUUGCUGUACUGCCAAGUGA